ACAUUAAGGUACCCACCCCCACCUUCAAGCCGAGAGCUGCGGAUAUAAGGACGUAUAUGAAGUGGGGUAUAACUCCGAUACUGACAGAAAGGUACCUACCCCCCACUCCCCAUCUUCAAGCCGAGAACUUCAAACUUCAAUUUGGCUCAGCUUUUUUACCAAUUACAAACCCCAGGUCAGUAUCUUCAAAGGUACUUUUAGUUUUCGCUCACAACUCGCAGGUACUCAGAUAACUCAAGCCCGAAACGCCACAAUGUCCAACAACGGUGCCCAAGUGAUCGUCCUUUACCCUCGCAAGGAUGGCGGGAAGUUCGACCUCGACUACUACCACGCCACACACAUGCCGCUCGCCAAGAACACCUGGACGCAGCACGGUAUGAAGUCUUUCAGCAUCGUUCAGUUCAGCCCAGACAACCAGUACAGCAUGGCCGCGAUCAUAGACUUCGAGAGCCAGGAGCACAUCGACAAGGCAAUGGAAGACCCCAAGACGAAGGAGGUUAUGGACGACAUCCCUAACUUCAGCAACGUGCAGCCCGUUCUUGUUACAGGCAAUGUCACUCUUCGGGGUUAGAUGCGGGAUGCGGAUGUUUUGAUGAAGCUGAGUAGGCUGUAUGGAGCUCCGGAAGAGCUACCCCUCCCUCCGUUGUGUUCGAAGCUCUCGGUGCAGGUAGUCCCGCACUAGAUCGUCAACACCGCGGUACCUCCUCACACUUCACACCUCAAUGCAUGACAAUUACCCUCGACCCAGUGAUCCAAUUGACACUCACUUCGAAGCACGAUACACAAUGCAUGCUUCUCUUCACACCCCAAGGCACUUUUGCGAUCUAGAUCGGCGGCUUUUGGUCCUUUUAGUUACAGUACAUC